UGCCCGGGUCUCUGAGUACGUUUCGGCGACGGCAGAAGAUGGCAUGGCUGUCUCUACCCGAUCCCUAUCUUCCUCUCUUUCUCUCUCUCUCCUCUUUUGCGCUUGUCUUGUUUCUCGGCAUUGCGGCUUUCUUCCUUGAAUUUGUCAAGAAGAUCGGAUGCAAUCACCGCUUUGAGAGGACAAAUGCCUCGGAUGCUUUCUUUGAGGAUCCCAACUCGUUGAAGAAGGUUCCAUGUCCAUCAAUCUUUGACAAUGCGGAGAAAUACUUAUCUCUGAUUGUCCCUGCAUAUAACGAGGAGCAUAGGCUUCCUGCAGCUAUUGUUGAAAUGAUGAGUUAUCUUCAACAACGUGCAGCUGCAGACAAGUCCUUCACAUAUGAGGUGUUAAUAGUAGAUGAUGGAAGCACUGAUAAGACAUCUAAAGUAGCAUUUGACUUUGUUAGGAAGUACAAGAUAGAUAAUGUCAGGCUUCUUCUUCUUGGAAGAAAUCAUGGGAAAGGAGAGGCCAUUAGAAAAGGCAUGCUGCACUCACGUGGUGAACUUAUCCUAAUGCUUGAUGCUGAUGGAGCGACCAAAAUUACUGACCUAGAAAAGCUUGAAUCUCAGGUCUAUGCAUUGGCUGAGAAUAAAAUAGAUGGAAAAUCUCCGGCUGAGUUAUCUAAAGACAUUAAGCUCAAGCUAUCCGAUAUUGAAGUUUCUGUAUUUGGUUCCCGAGCACAUCUUGAGAAGCAAGCUCUUGCUACUAGGAAGUGGUACAGAAACUUUCUAAUGAAAGGUUUCCAUCUUGUGGUUUUAUUUACUGCUGGUCCGGGUAUCCGUGAUACACAGUGUGGCUUCAAGAUGUUCACAAGGGCAGCAGCUAGGAAAAUUUUCACAAAUAUUCGAUUGAAGAGGUGGUGCUUCGACGUCGAAAUUGUCUAUUUAUGCAAGCAUCUAAAUAUUCCGAUGAUCGAAGUGUCAGUAAAUUGGAGUGAAAUACCUGGAUCAAAGGUGCGGCUGACCAGCAUAGCGCACAUGCUGUUUGAGCUCAUAUUGAUUCGCUUAGGUUAUGGACUCGGCAUAUGGAAAAUUUAUACAUGAACUGUGCUAACUCAGAGAUCCCUCCGUAGUUUUAGCAGAGGAAAAUGAUGAUUAAUAUUGAUGCAGACUAACUCAAAAGUACGUCAUGAAGAGCAGUUUUGAUGACUUAUUUGUUCAGGCCCAAAGUAGUGCGUCUGCUAUGAUAUUUAUUCUUCAUGGAAUUCAUUGUUUGGAAUGUUACAGAAUUUUUGUAUAAUGAGAAAUUAAAGAGGCAAUGUCCGGAUGAUUAGUUCUGGUUUCUGAGAGCAUACAUUUUCAGUUAUUUGAUUUUUCUGUAAUAUUUAGAACAUAAAGACCCUUUGGUGCAGAAACUUUGUAGCAGUUGGGUUCAAAUUAUAGCUAGAGAUGUAAUCAACUUCACUAUUUCAGUUUGAUGUUAAUUUUUAACAAUUUAGAAGACGUUUAGCUGUUCCUGAUUUAUCUUUCCAUGCUGCAAAAUGCUGGUGGCUUGAUGAGGAUGAAGGGCUUGUUGACCAGGGUUAUUUACAUAUACAGCACCCCAAACAUUGUUAUU